AUGUAUAAUCAAAGAAAACAGUACAGAGUACAGAAACAAAACAGAGGACCACUCCAGUCCACACCAACAAGAUACGUACCCACCAACGCAGUAAUUAAUGCGCCUAGAGGCCGACAACAGUUCAAACACACGGUAAUAAAGAGAAUAAAAAUGAGUGAAGGCGACGCGGAGUUGCAACCCAGCAUCAAAUUGAAACGGAAGGGAAUAUGGAAUGUGAUAACUGCAACAAGGAGAAAGAGGGAAGAUGACAAGAUGAUGACCCACGAAUGCGCGACUGAAAGCGCCAAAAUGACAUCAUUCUCCCCUUAUCUGAAAGGGAAGCUGAUGAACUUCUAA